UGGGCUCGUAGAUGGUCGGGCUAUUCCCGUUCUGCUUGCUCUUAACUCCGAUCGUUAUCUCCGUUGAUCUUUGUUGUGAAUAUCAUAGUCGAGAUGUCUUUGUUCAGAUCUCCGGGUGAGGUAUCCUCUUCGGACUCCCAGUCUAGCUCUGAUGAGAGUGAGCAUGCUGUUGCUACGGAACAGCACUCUCCCGUCAAACCUAAACAGCACAAAAAGAGGAAUGGAGGCAGGAGCCCUCCUCUUCUGGCGGAGGAUGCUCAUAAGGCCCCCGAUGUCGAAUCCAAUUCGUUGCAAGGAGGUGAUACCAAGGGCCACGCAAACAUGAUGACAGCAGCCCUCCUUGAAUUCUAUUGUCUGAGCCGAGCUGCAGAUAUUCUCAACGCGCGGCAUGGGUCACACAAACGUUUCACGCGGGAUUCGCCCGAGGUGCGAUAUCUCGGGAACAAGUUGUACACGCAUAAGUCGGAAUUCCUAUCUUCGCUUGGCGCGUUGACGGAAGGUAUCGAGGGGGAUGAAUGGGGAUCAACACGACAGUACUAUCGCGAUAACCUUGAUCUGUUGGGUGUGCCGGUGUUGGAGAAACUCAACAUAAAUGAUGGCACGGGACAAAAACCAGGUAUUACAGGCGCUGCAGAUGUAGCAUCAGGAUCAGAGCAAUCCAAGGCUCUACAACUACGCUCGAGUAAUGCAAAUUUGGACACGUUGCAGUCAAGACGCCAUGGUAUUGGAAUGGCGGACGUCCAAAAACGACUGAUCGGAAACGAAAAUGUUAAUCCUUUGGAAAACGUUCAGCUUGACUUGGGAACUCUGCUAAAUCGUCCAUUGCCUCUUACCGGGAGCUCGCCCGUUAGCUUCCCUCUGUUUCAGCCUAAUCCGCCCCCUCCAAGCGGUCACAUGUCUCGAUAUGCCAUGGAGUUUUCAGAAGUCAAAGUGCUUGGUCGCGGCUCUUUUGGCGAAGUAUACCAUGUGAGAAACCACAUCGAUGGCCAGAGCUACGCAAUCAAGAAGAUUCCCCUCAGCCAACGGCGGCUUCAGCAGCUGCAGUGUGGAAGUCAGAAUCAACUCGAAAACAUCAUGAAGGAGAUCCGAACGCUUGCUCGACUCGAGCAUACCAAUGUCGUCCGAUAUUACGGAGCCUGGGUCGAACAGGCACACCCUGCAGGGUACGCUCAGUCCAUGCAGGAAGAGUCUGUCGAUCUCGAAUUCGAGCAUACACAAUCCCACAUUUCGAGCCAUGGAAUGGCCGGUAGCCAGAGCUUUGGGAUCGUCUUCGAACAUUCGGAGACAUCACACAUUUCACAAGAAGGCUCUUUAUCAUUGGAACACGAUUCAGAAAUAUCAGACCGACACCAUCGCAGGCCUAGUCAUGUCACACUGGGCUCCCAUACAUCCAAAACAAGCUCUGCACUUAGUGCCGAGGACGACGACGAAGUGGAGUCCAUUCCACGCAAUUUUAGUCCUCGGUCCCAAGAUCCGCUGUCUACGUUUGGUGGUACGGAUGAUGACAUCUUCACGGACGGGUUCAGCGAGGAUCCUUCCAAACUACAGAUACAACGAAGAUACCGAAGCGGAGCCCAGGUCCCUGCCGUUGUCCUGCACAUUCAAAUGUCGCUACAUCCGAUCUCACUGGGCUCCUACCUGAACCCCCAACCAAGUGCGAGCAUGAAACAUGACCCAAAGCUUCCUCGGCGCCACUGUUACCACCUAGUGCCUUCUUUAAAACUAAUGUUAGAUAUACUCUCUGGGGUGGAUUAUCUCCACUCCAAAGGCAUCGUCCACCGCGAUCUCAAACCAGCCAACAUAUUCCUCUCCUCUCCCGACAAAAAGCACAUAGACGGAUGCCUUCCAUGUGGGAAAUCGCAUGGAGCGAUCCAUCAUUACUGCCACCCUCGCAUCGGUGACUUUGGUCUUGUUGCAGAUAUUUCGCACAUUAGCGACUGCUCCCCAGACACCCCAUCCGCAACCAAUGCAGACACAAAAAUUCACCCCGUCGUGGGAACCGAAUUCUAUCGCCCACCUCAUCCCACCGACAGGUCCGGAAUAACCUCAAGCCCACGCUGUCCCGCCCAGGAACCGCCUCUAUAUGUGGUCGAUGAGACACUCGACGUCUACGCCCUCGGAGUUAUCCUGUUCGAGCUGCUCUACCCACUAAACACGAAAAUGGAGCGCCAGUUAGUCCUUACCGGACUCACCCGAGGCCACCCCUCAUCUGGCCCGUGUCUCCCAGAUGACUUCAAAGAGAAGCUCGACAUGGGAUCUAUCAAACUACCUUCUGAAAUAUCGGUAGGCGAAUCCCUAACGACCUGCAUCCGGGGCAUGUUGGAGCCCAAUCCUCACCACCGGUGGCGCUCCGCCAAAAUCAAAAAGUACCUCGAGGAGCUCCUCGUCUGCGUGACCAAAGCAUAGCGAAGCAUUCUGCGAAUUGAGCUCGACGACAGGGGCGGGGGAUGAUGGUAGCCAUGGAGGGCGAAAGAUUUGAAUGUUAGAUUGAAGUCCUAUGUUCCACGUGCACAUAAUCCACAUACAUACACGAAUCCAUUGGAAUGAAAUAACAGGAACUGCACCCUCGGACGAGUGCUUAUGUAGACAGUAGAACGGCG